GUGUUUCUUUAACUCCUACCGGCGUUUUGGAAGUGUUAUACAUGAAUAUGAGUGUUUAGGUAGAUCAUGGUGGACGUCCCCUUGCUUGCUCGUGUCUCCGAUAAUACAGACUGCAGCUCUUCUUCUUGCCCAACUUCGUCUGUGUCCGAAGACUCUGUUCCAGAAGGUUAUUUGAUUUUAACAUUUGAUAAGAGAAAGAAAGCGGUUAUAAAAACAGCUGUAUUUGCAGAUGUCUCUGAUCCCCGGUUUGUCGAUGACUUUGAUGAUGAUGAUGAGGAUGUCUUUGAGAAUACUGAAGAAGGCAAAUGUUAUACCAUCAAUUGGCAACCAGCUAAAAGUGAAUCGAAAUUAUCUAUUUGUUCGGUGAAAAGCCAAGAGGAAGAUGCUACAGAUGAGACUAAACAAUCUCUGUCAAAACCACUUGUUAUUUCAACAGAUACAGUUGAUAAAAAUGACACUUCAUCAUCUUUCAAACGAUGUUAUGGUGAAGUAUUUUGGGUUGGUGAAGAUGAACCUGAUAUCGAAUCAAAAAUUGUCGAGUCAUCGUUGGAACAGCUAUCUAGUAAUAAUAACAACAACAACAGUUUAAUACGUGCAAGUCCCCUGUCAUGUGAUACUACCUCAAUAACUCCAGAUUCAACAUUACCAUCAUCAUCAUCUUCUGAAAGUUGGUCUACAAUGAUGACGAAUGCCUCUCGUGUAGCCGGCAGUCUUCCAUAUCGUAAAGAAACCCUGUCAACUAACAGUAACAGUAACCAUUUUAUUAGAAAAUUCAAUCAUAAUUUCUCUUCAUACUUCCAGUAUAAAUGUCCUAGAUCAUAUAAUGCGCAUACAAAUGAACAUACGCAAAAAAUGCUCAAAUGUGACCAGUGCGGUAAAUAUUAUCGUAAUGAUUACAGCCUAUAUCAUCAUAUCUGUUUAAAGCGUAAAGAUGUCUGGAAGAAAGGUGAUGUCCCAUCAGAAGUGAUUGAUGGACAAUUAAUGUAUUUUUGUCCUAGUUGUAGUAAACCCUUUAAAUGGCUUGGUAAUCUUACACGACAUUUUUAUGUGCAUACUGGGCAACGAUUUUUUCGAUGUGAUAUUUGUUCGAAAGAAUUUUUCUCUGCUUAUCAAGUACGAAGGCAUAUGAAUUCGCAUACAGGUAUACGUUAUAAGUGUCCAUUCUGCGAGAAACCAUUCACAUGUAAAUAUGCCUGUGCAUGGCAUACACGCAAACAUUUAACUCAUCCAGCAUUGAAACAUUGAGCAGACAAGAAGAAGAAGAUAUAUUCCAAGGCCUUAUUGAUUUCUUUAUUUUUUUUUUGGUUUUUGUUUUUCUUCUUGAUAUUACCUAUUUAUUUUAGCAUCGAAAUAAAUGCCUUAACUUUUCUACGUUCCAUUUUACACACACACACCUACUGCGUGUAUUCACUGUGAGUUGUGCUAUUUUUUUUUUACAAUAAGAAUUCUUCCAAUCGGUGUUAUCUUAUAGUAAUUAUUUUGAUAGUUGUUCUUAUACAUUGUUAUUAUUAUUAUAAUUACUGUAUUGCCAAUACUCAGUAUUACAGGUAAGAGGCGGGGGAGGGGAGGAGUAACAACACAUGUGCCUUCAAUCCACUGUUGAAACAACAGUAACACCAACAACUACUGCUACACACUGAUACAGUCAUAGUCUCUCUCUCUCUCCCGCUCUUUCUCUUUGUGUGUGCCUUUGUCACUACCGCCAGUGUUAUCGCCAGUACGCGCGACAUUAUUAUACAUAUUACAUAUUUUAUUCCUGUGGAUUUUUAUGCUCUCUCGCUGCUUUACACAUCAUAUCUACUUUUCUAUUACAAAAUAGACAACAACAAUAACAAAAAGAAAUCUGACAGAUUGCUCAAUUUGACGACGUAUGUAUGUUAUGAUUUGUGGUUUUUCACCUUUUGAUUUUUUAAGAAUAUAUCAGUUUGCUCUAGUGUGUAUGAGUUUUUUGAUUGCUUGCUUGCUUACCUGUCUGCCUGCCUGCCAGCCUCCCCUCUCUCUGUGUUCCUCACGAGAGAGAGAGGGUACACCGAUGCACACUAACUGGGAUCUUCCAAUUACUAUUUUGUGGUUUUGCAAGUUUUUUGUACGUUUUGUAUAACACUAUAUACACAUACACAAAUAUUUUUUUAUCAUUACUAUUAUUGUUGUUAUUGUUGUUACAUAAGGUUGUGUACGAGUAUUUGUUAGAUUGUAUUAUUCUACAAUGCAACACGUGUGCACAGACAUGCACACAUAUACACGCACACACACACAUUCAAAACAAAUAAUUCAUACACACACACUUCUUGAUUCCAGUGACCAUCGUAGGGACACUAUUUAAAAAAUCUCUGGGGGUAGGUAUAUCUUGCUAACGCUGAUUCUCCAGAUGUGCUUGCUGCCUUACACACUCCAGUUUUUUUUUAUUGUUUUUUUAUUCGAUUGUUCGUUUGUACUACUACUUAUGGGUUUUUUUUAUUAUAUGUGUUCUUUUGGUUAUUUCUUCAAUCUUGUACCAUUAUUAUUUUUUUGUACUCAAGGCUCUCUUUCUCUCUCAGUUUGGUGUAAAACUUACUCGUCGUCAGAAUAGCGAUUUUUUUCGGUGGAUGUUUCGUUGUUGUUAAGCUUUUGAUGUGGUAUAUAUAUAUAUUUGUGUGUGUGUGUGUGCGG